AUGUCUAACGCCGGAUUCUUCAGGGGCACCACUGCCCAGCAGGAUACUCGGUUUUCUGACAAGAGAAAGAAACUUUUAAAGACAAUGAAGUUUGGUGAAGGAUUAGAAAGAAAGGUUGAUAUGACGAAAGUCAACGUUGACAGUUUGAAGCCGUGGAUAGCUCAGCGGAUCACAGAGUUGCUAGGAAUAGAAGAUGAUGUCGUUGUCGAGUUUGUCUACAAUCAGCUUGAAGAAAGGCACCCUGAUGCCAAAGAGAUGCAGAUCAACCUGACUGGCUUCCUCAAUGGGAAGAAUGCAAGAAUAUUUCUCAGUGAGCUCUGGGACCACCUGUGUAGUGCCCAGGAUAAUGUUACUGGUAUUCCUAACCAGUUUUUGGAGCAGAAGAAAAAUGAAAUCAAGCAAAGACAAGAAGAGCAAGAGAGGAUAAAAGAAGCUGUGAAAAAGAAAGAGGAGCAGAUAAAGGAACAGCUUGCAAGAGAGAGACGGGAGGUUGAGAAGUUGGAGCACAGAAGUCUGUCGCCCGAGAAAAGGUCUUCUGGUGACAAGGAAGAGAAAAAAGAUGCUAAGACAGAUGCUGAAGAUGGAGAAGCCUCUCCUGGCAUCACAGAUUUAAAGUCUGAGGUUAAAGUAGAAAAUCAUGAAGAUAAAGAUUCAGAGAAAGCAGGGGAUGCAAAAACAGAUGAAAAAGAAGAAGUGAAAACAAGAGAUACACCAGAGAAAGACAAGGAGAGGACCAGAGAUAGGACACCAGAGAAGAGACGUAGUGAUAGAGACAGGGAGAAAGAUAGAAGGCGCAGAUCUCAUACACCAGAAAAACGUUACAGCAGAAGGUCAAGAUCUCCAGAUAGGAGAGCCCCACACAGCCGUCAAAGGUCUGGAUUUGGUCGUAGCCGGUACUCACCUCCUGCAGUUCGGCGGAGGUCAAGGUCUCCGCGCAGAUCCAGGUCUCCAAGGAGAAGAUCCCCAUCUCCAAGGAGAAGGUCACCUUCGCCCAGACACCGUUCACCACCACCAAAACGGAGAAGUCCUCCAAGACGAGCGCCGUCAUCACCUCCUCGUCGCAAGUCAAGAUCACCUCGCAGAACCGAACAUAUUAAAAAGAAAGCUAGGUCUAGUUCUGAAGAAAGUUCUAGCAGUUCUGAAGAUGAUGAUGACGAAAAGCCAAGAGGAUCCAAAGCUCCGAAUGAAGCAGCAUCUACACCAGAGAAAGCCAGUGUCCAGAAGAGGAGAAAUUACCGAAAGCACGAUGAAGAUGACAGUGGCAAAGACUCAUCAAGCUCAUCAUCCGGAGAAUCAAGUGAUGAGGAGGGAGCAUCCCAGCCGCCAGUUAAUGGGAGAAGACAAGAACAUGAACCUAGAACUCCAUCACCCUUUGUUCGUCGACACAGGACUCCAGAGCCAAGGCGCCGCAGUCCAGUAAUAAGGAGAUAUUCUCCGGCUCGCAGAAGGAGAAAUCCUUCACCCAGGCGCCGAUCACCGCCACCAAGGUAUUCUCCUCCCAGACGCCAUCCAUCACCAAAGCCUCGGCGCGGACGUGUGUCUGCCUCGCCAGCUAGACAACCUACACAUUCACCUGUACGUAGACGCAAGGCAUCCCCACCUUUGUCUCCACUACUGAAAAAGAGACAGCAUUCUCCAGUAUCGGUAUCUCCACCACCUGUGAAGCCGAGGAAAAAGCCACCCCCAAAGUCAGAAUCGGAAGAGGAAAGCUCCUCUGGCUCCGAAGCCUCACCAAAAAUGCGUGAAGUGCCUCCAAAGUCAAAAGGUGCUCCAAAACCUAAAUCGCCUCCUAAGGAAGAAGUUAAAAAGAAAAAAGAAGAAUCUUCAUCGUCAGACUCUGAAAGUGAAGAAGAGUCGGAAGAGUCUGGGUCACCAGAACCAAAGAAAGCUAAAACCUCUUUCCGUGCCCCUCAAAGGAGAUCACCUUCUCCUCCCAGUGUGAAAAGGGCAUCUAAGCCUACGUCAAGGUCACCUCAAAGAGGAGGCCGACCAGAUAGACAGCGUCCCUCCAGAAGUCCUAGCCGGGGUAGUCAGUCAAAGUAUCUCUCUCCUGUCAGGCAGAUGCAGAGGGGAUCUGUUGAUGGUGGCGACUUUAGAAGAGACAGGCGUGGAAAUGAAGGAUCCCCUUCAAGGAGGAGACAGGCAAGACCUUCCUUGUCACCACGAAGCAGAGGCAGACAUGUCUCCCCGAGAUCACCACCCCCCAGAAAGGCACCAGUGAAGCAGAGGUCAGCCAGCCCUGAAGCACCGUCAAAACAACAGAAGCGGCGACCUGCAUCCCCGUCAGGCAGCAGCAGUAGCUCGGAGGAUGAAGCACCCAGGAAACCUCAAGAGAGAGAUGUCAGCAGGAAAGACACACGUACAGGCAGCAAAUGGAGUCAGUCCCCAUCCCCUUCUAGGAAUGCCCCACCUGUGAAAAAACGUAAAGACCUUUCUCCGAGCCCUGCUCCAAAAUUCCGCAAUAGGAGCAUACAGGAGGAUAGAAACUCUAGAGGAAUGAUGAGGGAUCGAUCCUCUCCCAUGAGCCCUCCCAGGGAGGGCAGAGACAGACCCAGGCAGAGGGACGACAACCUGAAACAGAGAGACGGCAGAGACGACGAUGACCGUAAGAUUGAUUCAAGGAGGAGACGAGAGGAGGAUGUGAAAGAACGAGGUAGAAGCCCAAGUCCUUCUCGAAAUGGGCGUGAUCUACAAAGUAAACCGGCAAAACCUGACAAAUCAGUAGCAUCAGGCAGUGAAAGUGAAACCGAGGACUCAGAUUCGGAUGAAGGAUCAAAAAAGAAGAGGAAAAAGAAGGAAAAGAAGCAUAAAAAACACAAGAAACAUAGGAAACACAAGCACAGAAAGGAUGGUGCGGAUGUACAGGAGAAAGGAGAGGACCUUGAGCGUCGUCUCAGGGAGAAAGCAUUGCAGUCAAUGAGAGCCAAAGCUGCCGCCGCUGCUGCAGGAGGUGAUAGUCAGUCGAGCGAGAGUGAAGACAGCAGUUCUGGCUCUGAUGAGCCAGCAAAACCGUCAAGAUCAUAG